AUGCCCGGAAAUCGCAAGAUCACGCUCAAGAACAUCAAGGGACGAGACGGUGUCCACCCCGGAUCCAGAAAAGCUGGCCAGAUCACACGCGCUCAUUUGCGAGCAGCCAAGCUGCAGAAGCAGGCGAAGACUCGCAAGGAUCUCAAGAUUGCCAAGCCAGUCUUCCGUCCUACAUUCUUCCACCAUGCUCUGUCCGGCCCGCAGCCGCUGAGCCUGCCUUCCCUUCGCGCUCUUGUUUCAGACGUCUACCUCACGCGCAACGACAAGCGUAUCGAGGAGCUCGAGGCUGAGCGCCGCCCUGGACGGCCGAAGACUAAGGAGCACAUGGAGCUCGAGGAGAACCGAAGAAUUGAGCACGCAGAGUGGGAGACUGGUUUCGAGGUCAUCAACCUGACGGAUGCGCCGACGACGCGACUGAUGUGGUCGUGGCUGGAGAACGGAACCGACAUGCAGCACUCCCAUGUUGACCUCCUGCCUUUCAUCCGCAUUGCCAAGGACACGCCGGAUGUCGUUGUUGUCUCGAAGCCAGGCAAGGUUGGAAACAUGGGUCUCGGCAACGGAGUCGAGGGAGAGGGAGAGGACUGGACGUCGAUCUCGAAGGAGGAUCAGGAGGACGAGAAGAUGGUGGCCUAG